UUUGGUUUUGCUUUGGUAAUAUAAGAAGACAACACAGAAUUCAAACACAAACGAUAAUUUACAAUGAAGUAGGAAACAGAACGAAUUUAAAAAGAAUUGCAGCAACGGCGGAUGAAUGUAUUUGAUCUGUUCUGCUGUGUUCUCCUGUGCAAGUUAAUCGGGCAGAAUGAGUGGAGGACAAGGGGCAUCUCACUCCCUGGCCUUCAGAGUGAUGCGCCUCUGCAGGCCCUCCUUCCAAAUUGAUCACCCGCUCGUUUGCGACCCCCUCGAUCUCAUGCUCGGUGAAGAUUUUUUAGACAAUGAAUCUGCAACUCCUACAUCUCUCUCAAACCUGAUCGUCGAGGACCAAUCCAAAGAGAAGGAGAGCUUCUGGAGGAGAUUCGAACUGGAGACUCCCAUGGAUGCAAUGGGCCUCUCCGGCCUCUUGGUGCUCCCCCAGGCCUUCGGUGCAAUAUACCUGGGCGAGACAUUCUGCAGUUAUAUUAGUGUUGGCAAUCACUCCAGCUUUGAAGUUAGGGAUGUGGUCAUUAAGGCAGAAAUUCAAACAGAACGACAAAGAUUGGUACUUUCAGACACUUCAAAGUCACCAAUUGAAUCUAUUAGAGCAGGCGGGCGCUAUGAUUUUAUUAUAGAACAUGACAUUAAGGAAUUGGGACCUCAUACGCUAGUUUGCAUGGCUGUGUAUAUUGAUGCAGAUGGAGAGCGCAAGCAUCUACCUCAGUUUUUCAAAUUUGUGGUGGCAAAUCCACUUUCAGUUAGAACGAAGGUGCGUUCUGUCAAGGACAGUACAUUUUUAGAAGCUUGUAUUGAAAAUCACACGAAGUCACAUCUUUACAUGGAUCAAGUGCAAUUUGAGCCUGCUCAACCUUGGACUGCAAAGGUUUUGACAGCUGAUGACGCCAAAAUAGAUGUUGAUCCUCAAGUUAGGGAUAUUUUCAAGGCACCAGAUCUCAUUAGAGCAAAUGGGGGAAUUCGAAAUUAUAUAUAUCAGUUGACACAGUCAUCUUCUGAGUCGACAGCUGUCAAAGUAGAAGGAAGCAACACCCUUGGUAAGCUUCAAAUCACAUGGAGAACAAAUUUGGGUGAACCUGGGCGCUUGCAGACACAAAAUAUACUCGGAAAUCCUAUCUCACACAAGGAGGUUGACAUACAGAUUGUGGAGUUGCCCCCUCACAUCAUUUUGAACCGACCAUUUUUGGUAAGGGCAAGACUGCUUAAUCACACUGAUAAGAGAAUUGGACCACUUGAGGUAUCUUUAUCUCAGGAUGAGAGCCAUGGUGUAAAAAGAGCCAUUGUGGUUAAUGGUCUUUGGACGCUGAUUGUUCCCCAGUUGGAAGCGUUUGGUACUACAGACUUCAGUCUGAAUCUUGUAGCGACCAGCUUAGGAGUUCAAAAAAUCUCAGGAAUUGCGGUAUAUGAUUCAAGAGAAAAGAAACCAUAUGAUUCGUUGCCACCUAUAGAGGUGUUUGUAAACCCGGAAUGAUUUAGGUGGGAUGUUGUGCCAUUGGAAACAGGGAAAACGAUAGUUUGCACACUCAUAUAAAUGUCCUCCAAAUGGCUUCAACUUCAAAUAGAUUGAUUCAUGCAGUUUUUGUAGGGUUUGACUUGUAAUAGUCAUACUGAAGCACAUGCACGUUGAUAUAUAUUUCAUUUUUACAUUUCGAAUACUUAUUUAUUGGCUAUCAAUUCUUUUGUUGACAGUGAAAAAAUAUUAUUCUUUGAAGUUGUGGGUCGGACAACAAUAACGUCUUUUGAACAGUUUAUCCAAAUUCAUUCUGAAUGUAAAUCUUUUUCAGUCAA